UAUUGCGUUCUCUUCAGUGACCUCAAGGUGUUUCUGCUCGGGCCACAGGCUCCUACAAACCCCAUGAGCGGACAAACAGCCAGAAUCAGCCCGUAUGCCAAGGAUAACAACAAUACCUUACGAGCCCACCGGCUCCGGGACUGGAGUGCGCCGUCCACAGAGGAGGAGGCUGCGGACGGAUGCGCGUGGACGGGUGCCGCGGCGGAGGAGUUCCCCAAGGACCGGAGGGAUGACAGAUUCUCCUUCAUCAGCUAUGCAGAAGGAACCCCGGUGUGCAGGAUAUGCUUCCAGGGGCCGGAACAGUGCAGUAAUCCAAACGGAGAUAUCCAUAUCAGACCUACUUUUCAGAUUAAUGGGUGAGCUGCUGAGCCCGUGUCGCUGCAGUGGCUCUGUACGCAGCACUCAUCAACCGUGUCUCAUCAAGUGGAUCAGUGAAAGAGGCUCGUGGGCUUGUGAACUCUGUUACUACAAGUAUCAGGUGAUCGCCAUCAGCACCAAGAACCCACUGCAGUGGCAAGCGAUUUCGCUCACCGUCAUUGAGAAGGUUCAGAUCGCGGCGGCGAUCUUGGGUUCGCUCUUCCUCAUCGCCAGCAUCUCCUGGCUGGUCUGGUCGUCUCUCAGCCCUUCGGCCAAGUGGCAACGGCAAGACCUGCUCUUCCAGAUCUGUUAUGGGAUGUACGGCUUCAUGGACGUCGUCUGUAUCGCUCUAAUCGUCCACGAGGGCCCAUCCGUUUUCCGUAUAUUCCAUCGCUGGCAGGCCGUCAAUCAGCAGUGGAAAGUUUUAAACUACGACAAAAAGCAAGACAGUGAGGAGCAGAAGAAUAAUGAGGAAUGGACGCGUUCGCUGCUCCACCAGAGAGAGCCGGCGGGAGCGGACGUCUCUCCUUCACCGUCUUCACUCAUGGCUGCUGCUGGGACGCAGACACUCACAAACAUUACAGCGGCCGCGCAGGACUCCUACCAGACUAAUGCUCUCGCUGACGGACCAGCUUUACAAGACCAACACUGUCCCUAUAACCUCCUGCAUUUACUGAGUCACCUACGGCCACACGAGGCACGAAGCCCUGCCACUAACAUCAGCACAAACACCACUAAACCUAGAGAAGUGGUUAUGAGAGUCACUACCGUCUGACUGGAGGCCCUCCGACUCUUUUCAGCACAGAGAAACAAUAUGCACAGUGUUGGAACUGUUGGAUUAUUUAUGACUUUUACAUUCUGAUACUGAUAACAAACAUGUGGGUUUUUAAUUGCAGAUGCUGAGAUCUUAAAAGCAGGUUGGACUGCUGAUGAAUUUAAAGGCACAGUUCACCUAAAAAUGGACAUUGUCAUUCUUUGAUGUUCUGAACAUGUAUCAUGUCAUUUUAUUUCCUGUGGAACACGAAAAGAGAAUUCAUGAAGAAUCUUCACACAUACAACAACAACUGAUUGUGAACAAUGUCAAGCUUCUAAAAGCACCA